AUGCCAGCCACCAAGCGACUGUCGAUCUCAGAGUUCCACCGCCUCGUCGCCGUGUCUGAGCCGGCGGGCGGCGAGGAGGCGCUGCCGCGCGGCCCGUCUGGCGACGUGGGCCGGCGGGCGGUGCCGGGCACGCGGCGGUGGAUCUCCAAGGGCGAUGGCGAUAUGCAGCUGGUCGUGAGCGAGCUCGCGGUGCCCGAGGGCUCGGGCGCGCCAGUGGUGGAGACGGUCGAAGGCUUCAAGCAGGCGUUCGACCUCAUCGUGGACGAGUACCUAAACGGGUUCGACGCGAGCGAGGCGUGCCGGUGCGUGCUCGAGCUGCAGGCGCCGCAGUUCCACUUCCAGGUUGUCAAGCGCGGCGUGCUGCGCGCGAUGGACGAGGCGGACCGCGAGCGCGAGCUGAUCGCGAUCCUCCUCUCCUGCCUGCACGAGCGCGGCACUCUCACCGCCGAGCAGGUUGCGGCGGGCUUCCGCGCGAUCCUCGCGGACCUCGACGACCUGACGAUUGACAUGCCGACCGCGACGCCGCUCCUCGCGCACUUCCUCGCCGACGCCGUCCUCGACGGCCUGCUGCCUCGCGCAGAGCUCGCUCGCUGGGCCGCCGACUUUAGCGCGGCGCCGGCGGCCGCCGCCGCGCUCGACGGCGCCGCCCUGAGGCUCGGCGGCCACCGGGGCGGGGCGGAGACGUCCCCGGGCGAGGUGGCGGCGGUGCGGCGCGAGGUGGGCUCCGUGGUGGAGGAGUACCUGUGCUCGCACGACGUGGCGGAGGUGCGGCGCCGGCUGGGCGAGAUGAGCUUGCCGGCUGAGCUGCAGCACAACGUGGUCCGGGUGGCGGGGCUCGCCGUCGGGCUCGUCCAGCGGAUGGUGACUGAGGAGGUCCUCUCGCCGGAGCAGCUCUGCCUCGGCCGCCAGCGAGCCGCCGAGGGACGCGAGAGGGAGGAGGCCGCACCGCCCGCUCCCCCCUCCCCCGACCCGGCUCCGGCCCUCCCUCUCCUCCUAGGCGCCGAGGACCUUCGCCUCGACAACCCGCGCGCGCCGGAGCUGAUCGCCGACUUCCUCGAGCGCCUCCCCGGGUGA